AUGACCGCCAUCCCCAUCCGUGGCCUCUCCCCCACGUCAGACUCGUCCACGUUGGACGAGUCCACGUCGGACUCCGCUGCCUCAGCCCCCUCCAAUACUCAGCCCCCGCCGCCCAAGAAGCAAUGUUGGGAGUGCCAGCGCCGUCGUGUCGUCUGCGACUCGGUCGAGCCCGUCUGCGGCAAGUGCGAGGCCAUCGGCGUCGUCUGUCCAGGCUUCGACGACAAGAAGCCCCUCGUGUGGCUCGCCCCCGGCAAGGUCACCGCCCGGCCGCGCAAGAAGAAGCGCGCACCCAACGGCGCCAGGGCCAUGGCCUCGGCGGCAAAGAGGGGCUCCGAGCUCAUCUCCCGGCUCACAGGGGAGAAGCCUGAAAAGAUCGACCUGCGACCCAUAGAGCGGCAGUUGACCAAGCACAAUGCCCUGCGCAAAGCCGCCGGCAAGAACAAGGACAUGUACGACUCCACCUUCAUCCUGUUCCCCGAGCUGGUUUACGACAAGGACAUUGAGCAGAUAUUCCAGGCUGCUCGGUAUUACGAUCUACAGAUGUACCCAGAGUAUGAGCCCAUCCUGGCAAUGAUACCCCAGGCCUUCAUCCGGCGCUUCGAGCUGCCGACUGUGCCCUACUUUCCGAUGGCGAUUCGGCACAGCGUCAUCUGCAUCACGCUCGGCCACCGCAUCCACAAGCUGCCGACCACAACGGACCCGGCAUUUGUCUUCAAGAGUUGGGAGGUCUUCUACCGGCACCGCGGCAAGGCCAUCGCCGGGCUGACCGCGGACAUGGGCAGCCUGGACCCAGUCAGGCGCUUCAUCGCGCUGAUCGGCACUGCGACGUUCCUCAUGGUUGAUAUCCAACAAUGCUACCCAGACUGGCGCAUCCACUAUGUUGGGCUGCGACAUCUGAUCGACCUGUGCGGUGGCCUCGACUUUGUCCAGUCCUUGGCCGAAGAGACAAAAUCCGUCAUGCACGUAUACAUGCUCUGCGGCAUGUUUGCAAACGCCAUCACCCACCGCACCCAGCAGCUCACCUGCGUCAGCAUCGACGAGCAGCGAAGAUUCAUCGAGAACUCGUACGACGAAAAGAUCAUGCCGUACUUCAUGUGCCCUCGCACGUUGCUCCUCGCCAUAGUCAACAUCAACGAGCUCCGCGCCGAGGGCAUGCUGCACCAGUUCCACCUGCCCGACGAGCCCUCCCCCUUGCCCACGCCGGCCGAGCUUCUCGCGCAGAUCGACGCGUUCGACCCGGUCCCGUGGUCCGACAGCAUCACCAAGGGCCACCAGCCGCAGGUCGUCGCGCUGGGGGAGCUGUUCAAGACGACGACCCGGCUGUACUGCAUCCUGUCGCUGCAGGCCGUCGGCUUGAUCCCGCGCACCGUCGAGCUCGAGGUCACCAAGGCGCUGCACGGGGACAAGCUGUUCGGCAUGCUGCGCGCGCAGAUGCGGUCCAACAUCCUCAUGCAGAAGUCGUGCCUGUUCAGCGUCGCCGUCGCCGGGUUCAUGGCCGCGCACCGCGGCGAGGAGGACAGGGUGUACAUCCGCGACGAGUGCGAGUUCCUGAGCCGCUCGGCAGGCCAGGCGUCGCCCCUGAUGCUGAAUGUCGCGCUGCAGUCGUUCUGGGAGUCCGGGCGGACUGAGUGGGACGAGUGCUUUGAGCAAGGGUAUGCGCUUUCUGUGUGCUGA